AUGAGAGGACUUUUACUACUCGCAUCAUUCCUCCAAAUUGGCUCUUCCUUUGGAUUUGCGGGACCGUCUCUAACUCUACAACAACAACAACGGCAACAACGGCAACAACAUGCUGUAUCAAACACUCGUCUUGAAGCAAGUAGAGCGGCCCAAAAGAAGGCAUCUCGUACCAAGUGGAUCCAAUCUAGAGGAUUCGAAGAUGCCAUCGCGGGAGGGAGCGACGCUAUGACACUAUUCAGCCCUUGCAAAAUCAAUCUAUUUCUUCGAAUCAUUCGCAAACGUGAAGAUGGAUUCCAUGAUCUCGCCAGUCUAUUUCAAGCCGUCGGUUAUGGUGAUACGUUGGAGUUGAAAAAGUUGGACGGCGAUGCCACAAAAGACGCAUUCUCAUGCAAUAUGAAGGGGGUGCCGACCGACAUGUCCAACCUCGUUUUGAGAGCCUUGGAGCUUAUGCGAGAAAAGACUGGAAUCAAACAGUAUUUUGAUGCCAACUUGAUCAAGCAAGUCCCUGCCCAAGCCGGUUUGGGCGGUGGCUCUGCCAAUGCUGCGACUGCCAUGUGGGGAGCCAACGAAUUGAUGGGUAAACCUGCAUCUUUGGAACAAAUGAUUGAAUGGUCGGGAGCAUUGGGCAGUGACAUCACUUUCUUCCUAAGUCGAGGAACAGCUUACUGCACAGGAAGAGGAGAAAUCAUGACGCCAACUGAUCCACUUUUGGAAGCUGGAACAAAGCUAUGCAUUGUGAAGCCAAAUGUGGGAUUGUCAACACCAUCUGUGUUCAAAGCAUUAGACUACGGUGAACUGAGCAAAUUGGACGCCGACGAAGUGUUGCUACCAGAAUUCUUGAAGGCCGAAAGUGUAGACGUUGUAUCGGGAGAGUAUUAUAUCAAUGAUUUGGAGCCUCCAGCCUUUCGAUGUGUCCCAGAGUUGGGUCAACUAAAGGAGAAGCUGAAGGCAGUUGAUGGGUUCAAGCAUGUCAUGAUGUCUGGAAGCGGUACAAGUAUCUUUUGCAUUGGUGAACCCAGUGAUCCAGAGCAAUUCCAAAAGGACUUUGGUGAGGAUGAGGAACUUAAGGUCAUGUUCACAGAGUUCAUCAACCGAGAGGAAGGUGUCUGGUUCGAACGACCAUAA